ACUCUUCCGCCCUCUUCGAACAUGGCCGCCAGGCACGCUCUGCCCAGUAACCAUCGGCUUUCUUGUGCGUAGGAGCCACAAGGGGGCCCACGUCAGGCUCUUUUAGCGAAUGCUGCUCUGGGGCAAAGCCCAGUGGGGCCGCGGGGGCCGCGGAGAGCAUACUCGGUUUGCAGGCAGGAACAGGCGCGGACCGGAAGUUCCACGGCCUCUCUGUCCGGGGGAGCCGUUAGGAGCGCACGCCGGAAGUGGUCAAUUGGCCGGUCCGAGUUGGUGCCGGUGGUGGAGUCCCUCGGACUGCGGAGACAUGGAGCCCGGGGCUGCUGAACUAUAUGACCAGGCCCUGCUGGGCAUCUUGCAACACGUGGGCAAUGUCCAGGACUUUCUGCGCGUUCUCUUCGGCUUCCUCUACCGCAAGACUGAUUUCUACCGCCUGCUGCGCCACCCAUCGGACCGCAUGGGCUUCCCGCCCGGGGCCGCACAAGCUAUGGUGCUGCAGGUAUUUAAAACCUUUGAUCAGAUGGCCCGUCAGGAUGAUGAGAAGAGAAGGAAGGAACUUGAAGAGAAAAUCAGGAGAAAAGAAGAAGAAGAAGCUAAGGCUGUGGUAACUGGUACAGCUGAGAAGGAACUGGUCCCAGUCCCAGUUCAGGAAAUAGAGAUUGACUCUCCUGCAGAAUUAGGUGGGCCUGGGGAUGCAGAGAAAGUGCAACCUCCAGGCUCACAGGAUGCUAAACAGGAAGUGGCUGGUGGCUUGGAGGAGGCAGAAGCUCCAGGAGCAGCGGCUGGUGCUGCUGUAGUCCCUCAGGAACCACCAGCACUCCCCAGGAUUCAAGAGCAGUUCCAGAAAAACCCUGACAGUUACAACGGUGCUGUACGUGAGAAUUACACCUGGUCGCAGGACUACACUGACCUGGAGGUCAGGGUGCCGGUGCCCAAGCACGUGGUAAAGGGGAAGCAGGUCUCAGUGGUCCUUAGUAGUGGCUCCAUCCGUGUGGCCAUGCUGGAAGAAAGCGGGGAGCGGGUUCUCAUGGAAGGGAAACUCACCCACAAGAUCAACACGGAGAGUUCCCUCUGGAGCCUCGAGCCAGGGAAGUGUGUUUUGGUGAACCUGAGCAAGGUGGGUGAGUACUGGUGGAGUGCCAUCCUGGAGGGAGAGGAGCCCAUUGACAUCGACAAGAUCAACAAGGAGCGCUCCAUGGCUACUGUGGACGAGGAGGAGCAGGCAGUCCUAGACAGGCUCACCUUUGACUACCACCAGAAGCUACAGGGCAAGCCUCAGAGCCAUGAGCUGAAAGUCCAUGAGAUGCUGAAGAAGGGGUGGGAUGCUGAAGGCUCUCCCUUCCGAGGCCAGCGAUUCGACCCAGCCAUGUUCAACAUCUCCCCGGGGGCUGUGCAGUUUUAAUGACCAGAAGGAAAGGAAACUCGCCAGCAGGGAGGCAGAGGCUUUGUUCUCAGCUGUCCCUCUCUCUCAGCUCCCUGUGUGCCAGGGACUUGCUCAUUCACCCCUAGCCAUCCUUUCUUUCAAGGGUGAACCAGGCCAUCAACCCUGACCUUGCACCUCCAGGCUGUUCCAGAGAAGGUGCGGGGCCAGCUGCUGCCUGGUGGCCGCUGAGGCCAAUGCUGAAUGAAGGUGUUUGAAAUGCAGGAGGGACACGUCCCAGUAAACUGAGAGCACAUGCUUCGUCUCCACAGCAACCAGCCACUGCAGGCAGCAUUUCUUUCCUCCUCUGCUCUCUGCUUGCUGUUGUUUUGAUGCUAUUCUGCUUGCUUUUCUUCUGGUUGGGAGUGGGGAGUUGCUGGGCUCUUGGACGAAGCCAAAGUUGAAGUGUGUGGGGUGCAGCACUUGCAUGAAGGCAAGUGGGGAACAGCUGUGGAGCUGCUGCUGGGGCCGCUGUGGGAAACCCGUACCCCUUGACCUCAUUAGGUAUGUUCACGUGCAGUCUUGCUCAUCCAUUUGUAAAUGUGCUCUGUUUGCCUCGGCCACAUAGGCAGAACAGCAGAAACUGCAGUCCUAUUUUCACAUUCUUGAUGUUGGGAGAAAGUCUGGGGUUCUGGUCUCAGGCCCGGAUGCAGUGGGAAUUCUGUCUGCCCUCGGAUUGCGGCUGCUUUGCUUUGUUUCUUGUUAAAGUGAAUUGAGCCUGGCCACCACUGCAUGGUACACUCUGCUUGGCUCCCUGUGUGACCUCUUUGGGUGUGCUAUGUCAAAGCAUGGGCAAGAACCAGGCAUCCUCAGGAGACCACACCAGGUCUAGCAGCUCAUUGGCAGAUCAUGUCAGCCAUAACCCUGAGCAGCCUUGACCUCGGGUGCCUCAGGAAGAGGAAUUUCUAUACAGGCACGAAGGCACACUGUCCCACUGUGACAGAUCCCAAGAAAUUGAAGACCUUCAUACCAGGCACUGGAUUGUGCUCCCUGGAUCUCCUAGUCUGUCCCCCCUGUUGUCCAGGGAAUGGGCACCAUCUCAGUAUCCCCAAGCCCAUGCCUUGAGCCACAGCACUGACUGUAGCCAAGUUAUGAAGACCUGACUGAGGGGCUGAGCUCCAGGUGCUCUAAGUACUUACAGGACUCUCUCUGCCUGUUACCAGGAAUGUGGUAUAAUCAGUGCCCAGCACUGUCCAUUCACCUAGCUGGCAGCCUCAGUGUAUGAAAAUAAGUCACACCACAAGUCUUUGUACCCUGGUUAUACCCACGGCCAGCUGGAGUCAAAGCCUAAAGAUGCUGGGCAACUUGCUCUUGGCAAAGAGCACUGGCCUGCAAGCUCUCUGCAAAUGCUCAAGAGGGACUGUCUAGGAGAACAAGUUGGUGGGACAUCUUCCAAAGGCUUCCACAUUGAACUGUGUAGACAGGAUCUAGUUUGUUGUAGUCAUUUUGGGCUAGAUUUCUGGUUUACAGUGGUGGCUGACAGCCCUUAUAAAAAGUACAUCCUGGGGCUGAGGUUGUAGCUCAGCAGUAGAGCACUCACCUAGCAUAUAUGAGGCCCUGGGUUCGAUCCUCAGUAC